AUGGCAGAGUACUUGCCAGUGAAUGUCGACCCGAAAACGAGUUUUUCCGGGGGAGUGAGUUUGCUGGGGGAGGGAUUUUUCGUAAUUGAUAGCUUGGAGACGUCAACUCCAGGUAAUCCAUCGCUCCGGCUUGCAAAAUUCGAGCUGUAUUUCCUUUGGCAGGGAACGGAAUAUCUCCAUGCGGAGCUACUGCUGCUAAGUGCAGGAAUUCCCCUACGAGUUAUGGCGGACACAACAGACUUCAUGAUUUUUCACUGGACUCAAUUGGUUUUCGAAAGGGAGAAUACGAGAAAUGGGGGAAGGUGGAAGGGGAAAUAUAACGGGUUGAGUCACCGCGACGCCGUGCCAACAUACGAUCCAUAA